UAGAUUUACUAAUUGUUGCUAAUUUUUUGUCAGUUUAACAUUAAAUUAAGUUAAAACAUUAAUUUAAUGCACUUGACUUUAUUUUUCUUUCAACGGUCAAAUAAACUAUGGUUUACAGUAACGAAUGUUACCGAAACUCAACGAACAUUACCCAAUAAUUUCCGACGCUAUAUCGUGAUUUUACCCAGAAAUUAACUUUAAACAGCAGUGUCUGAGAGCAAGAUUUGCUAUAUAAACAGCAGCCAUUUGUAAAAUAGAGUGGCUUCCCCCUGAAUCUGGCGCUAAAAGCUUAUAAAAAUAAAACUUAGACAAGAUGGCUGCUAUAGUAAAUGAGCAUGGUUGCAUCUGUUGGAAACAUCGCUAGUCUUCAUUUAUUACGGAAAAGUUUUAAUUCAAUUGUUUAAAAACAGGGACCAUAAACAAACAAUGGCGAAGAGAAAUAAAACACUAUGAAUGUGUAGGACACGUUGACAGUUUGGUUAAUGUUGUCACUGCAUAGCUACUAUGAUUGGCACUCAUUAUUUCAUGCACCCAUGAGUUUACCUGUGGAUGAUGACGACAUAAACAUGUUGUCUUCUUCACCAUACCCUUCAACUGUCCAUGAAUGGACGAAAGCCAUUCGCCGACCUACGUCAUACCGUGUUGGUAAUGCUCGGUUUCAUUUGAAGCCUAGGGUUGUUGCUUAUGCUGGUUUGUUUUCUGCAUCAAUACUUAUAUUAUUAGUUUUGUUUAUGCCAAAAGCAUCAAACACGGUCGUCUGUGAUUCAGGAAAGCAGCUAUAUGAUAAACAAUUUGACCCAACUUAUCCAUUGACUAACCCUGUAAGAACUGUGGAAGGUACAAUCUAUAAAAUAGGAUUGAUCACAGACCUUGAUACUGAUUCAAAGAGUAAAGAGAAAAAGUCUACAUGGAUUAGCUAUUAUCGUGUUGGAAAUCUUUCAUUAUCAGAAAAUAAAGAUUCAGUUAAAGUAAAGCUAGGUCAGCCAAAAGUUUUGGUUUCCAAUUUUGCAGCUGGUGAUAGAGGCAUGGAAUUAUCUGAGCUUGUGAUAUUUAAUGGUAAACUUUAUACUGUUGAUGACAGGACAGGAAUCAUUUAUGAAAUAAUUGAUAAUACAGUUGUGCCUUGGGUAAUCUUAGCAGAUGGGAAUGGUAAAAACAGUAAAGGUUUUAAGUGUGAAUGGGCUACGGUUAAAGACCAGCGCUUGUAUGUUGGAGGCUUAGGAAAAGAAUGGACCACUGAAACAGGAGAAGUUGUCAACCUUAAUCCACAGUGGGUGAAAUCUAUAGGAAUAAGUGGAGAUGUAGAGCACAUGGAUUGGCAUGAUAAAUAUGAUGCCUUGAGAGCAAAAACUGGAACUUUAUUACCAGGUUACAUCAUUCAUGAAUCAGGUGUUUGGAGCGAUGUGCACAAAAAAUGGUUUUUCCUUCCUCGUAGAGCUAGUACAGAAAGCUAUGAUGAAAAACAAGAUGAGAGAAGGGCAACAAAUCUCCUGUUUGUUGUUGAUGAGCAUUUUGAAGACAUUCGUGUAGAGAAAAUUGGAAUGAUAAAUCCAACUCAUGGAUUCUCUUCGUUUAAAUUUAUUCCAGGAACAGGUGACAAUAUUAUUGUUGCUCUGAAGAGUGAAGAAGACAAUGGAAAAAUUGCAUCUUAUAUUUUAGCUUUUGAUUUAAAUGGCAAUAUAUUAAUGCCAGAGAUGAAAAUUGGAGAUGUAAAAUAUGAGGGUAUUGAAUUUGUAUGAAAAGUUUAUUUAUAAUUUUUUUGUUCAGAGAUGCUAGGUAGAAAAAUGCUUGUCUAUUAAAUGCUUGUUUAGCUACAGUUAUUGAGUAAUUAUUAAGUUGUAUAUGUAAAACAUUUUUGUUUUGAUCCAAGCUGUUUGUAGAGUUGGCAGAUGUGAUAUUUUUUAUAAGCUCUUACUUAGUUUACAAUAUCUAUUUCUCCAUCUGUUUGUGGCAAGUGUUAAAACUCAAUGUUGCGCCGCCGCC